AUGACCUUCUUGUCUUCCCUCCUCCCCUUCGACAGGGACCUCGAUGUCCCCGGGACCGAGCAGCUUGUCGACGUUCACCACAAUCUAGACGUUGUCCACAGCGGCUCGGAGAUCGUUCUCAUUCCACCACCGACAGCCUGUGAGGGUGAUCCGUUGCGCUGGCGACGAUGGAAGAAGUACUGGCAUCUCUUCCUCGUCUCAACGUAUGCCUGCAUCUUCUCCUUUGCCGAGAAUAACACGGGAGACGCCUGGACGACCAUCGUCGACAUGACGGGUUCGACGAUGAACAUAAUGAACGGCGGCGGCGCUCUCAACUAUCUGAUGCUUGGUUUGGUCAACAUAUUCUGGAUCCCGGCUGCCAUGAAAUUCGGGCGCAGGCCCUGUUUCCUCCUGACUUUGCUCCUCUGUACCGGCUCGUCGAUCUGGAUAGCUUGUUUCCAUACCGUCGGUGAAUGGUACGGCAGCAACAUCAUCAACGGACUGGGAACCUCGGCGUACGAGGCUGUGAUUCAGCUUGUUGUGUUCGAUCUCUUUUUCGUACACGAGCGCGGGCGGAUGCUCGCCGUGUACAUCUUCGCUCAGCAGCUUGGGUCCAUCAUCGGCCUCGUGUCGGGGGGUUAUAUCGCUGAUGGCCCGGGCUGGCGCUGGUCGCAAUGGAUCGUCACCAUCGGAGAAGGCACCCUCAUCGGUCUCUUUUUCUUUACCUACGAGGAGACACUGUUCCCCCGUUUCCUGUUUUCACAAAAUCUCCCCACGAUCGAGUCGACCUCAGUCAAGGAACAGGUCGCUGCUUUGGAGGCCGAUUCCAGCAGCUCAGGCCAACCGGUCAAGGGGGACGAGAAGGACGUGGUCCUGGACUGCGAAGAAGGAAUCAUAGAUCCCAGCGAGCCAUCCCCUUCGGAGUUUCCCAAGCGAACCUGGAGACAGAAGCUCAAGCUUUGGACUUACUAUCCGCAAGACCGUACCUCGUACUGGACAUAUUUCAAACGGCCUUUCUUCCUCGUGGCUUUUCCGAAUGUGGUUAUUGCCGGUUUCAUCUUCGCGUUCGGCUGCACCUCGGGCAUUGUCACCUUCAAUACCGUCUCCGAGAUUCUAACCGAAGCGCCCUAUAACUUCACGGAUGGCCAAACUGGCCUCGUCUUCCUUGCCGCUCUGGUCGGUAGCGUUAUCGGCUGGCUGACCAGCGCCCUCGGCGACUACGUUGUCAUCUACCUGGCCCGGUACAACGAUGGUAUCAAGGAGCCCGAGAUGCGGAUGUGGGUGCUGGGUCUUUGUCUGAUAUACACUGCUCUUGGAUACCAGAUCUACGGAUGGGGCGCCGAGGAAGGGGCACAUUGGAUAACAAUCGCUAUUGGGAUCGGAGCUAUGAUUGCUCAGCAGGUAGCUGCUACUUCUACGGCAACGGCCUACGCCAUGGAAUGCUUCCCCGGCGUGGGAGGUGAAAUCGUCGUCAUCCUGGCCGUGUGCAGUUCCCUGAUCAAUUUCGCCGUCUCGGAAUCCACCCAGUAUUUCAUCGAUGCAGUUGGCUACGGAUUUGUGUUCUUGUUCUACGGCCUCUGCGUGAUCAUGUCCCUGGUCAGUGGCUUUGUCCUCUAUGUCUGGGGCAAGCGCUGGCGGAAACAUUGCACGCCACGGUAUCAUCGGUUCCUGGCAGAGAGGAAUGGGAAUGUUUAG